GCGGAGCAGCUUCAUAUCAAAGUGAUAAAUCGGAGCCAAACUUUUUCUGGCACUUGCUGCCGGCAGAUUAUUAUUUUUUUUUUUAGCUGUGCGCAUGUGCGAAGGUGUCCAAGACUGACAAUGCUGGAGAGAUAGCGCGAUUGGAUUGAGAAAAACCAAGAGAAAAGGGGACAGACAAAAAAACAAAAAGGAGGAAAAAAGAGCCGAGAAAAAAUCCAAACAAACCCACGCCGAGAGACUGGCACCAUGAGGUCCAAAGGCAGGGCGCGGAAACUGGCCACGAGCGAUGGGGAUGAUGAGUUUGUGCUGUACCCGCCUGACAUCUUGGAUGAUGUGUGUGGCUCCGACGGUGAUCCUACACCCUCAUCAGUCAUGGCAGAGGACCCAGCAUCUCCUCCGCUCUCCGAUGACGAAGCUUCACCUCAAGAGGCCUUCUUGUUCCAGCACCCAAGCUUCUUUGCACCCCAAGAAGAGCUGGCAAUUCCACUGGACUUUGAACUGCGAGAGUCAACAGUUCCAGGUAGUGGCAUGGGUAUCUGGUCUCGCAGGAAGGUAGACAUUGGUGAGCGCUUUGGACCCUAUGUGGGAGAUUAUGGACCUUGUCUCCGAGACCCCACACAAAGCUGUGAGAUCUUGGAUGGGUCAGGCCAUGUAAAAUUCUGCGCUGAUGCCAGCAGACCAGAUAUCAGGACCUGGCUGAAGCACAUCCAGGUUGCCCCUGCGACUGAGCAGCACAACGUGACAGCGUGCCAAAUAGAUGAUCAGAUCUUCUACAAAGCCACCAGAGAGAUUUUCCCUGGUGAGGAGCUGCUGCUUUUCAUGAAGGCUGAAGAGUAUUCAUGUGACACCAUGGCGCCUGAUAUUCACGAGGAGAGGCAGUACCGCUGUGAGGACUGUGACCAGCACUUUGAGUCCCGCAACCAGCUGUUGGACCACCAGAAGCAGCCGUGUGGGAUGCCUCCCUCCUCCUUCCUGAACCCAGGCGGAGGAGACAGUGACCUGAAGGCCCAGGAACCCCAAGACUUGCGAUCUGUUCACACGUCUCACGGCCUCCAUGAGUGUAAGGAGUGCGACCAGGUGUUUCCUAACAUUCAGAGCCUGGAGGCUCAUGGUCUGUCUCACUCUGAGGAGAGAGAAUAUAAGUGUGACCAGUGUCCCAAAGCCUUCAACUGGAAAUCGAACCUGAUUCGGCAUCAGAUGUCGCACGACAGUGGCAAACACUACGAAUGUGAAAACUGCUCAAAGCAGGUGUUCACAGACCCGAGUAACCUACAGAGGCACAUCCGCUCACAGCACGUCGGGGCUCGGGCCCAUGCCUGCUCCGACUGCGGCAAAACCUUCGCAACGUCUUCGGGCCUGAAGCAGCACAAACACAUCCACAGCAGUGUCAAGCCCUUCAUGUGUAAGUCACUAAGACCCUACCUAUGUGAAGUGUGCCACAAGUCCUACACCCAGUUCUCAAAUCUGUGUCGUCACAAACGCAUGCAUGCUGACUGCCGCACACAGAUCAAGUGCAAGGACUGCGGGCAGAUGUUUAGCACCACCUCCUCACUCAACAAGCACCGGCGCUUCUGCGAAGGAAAGAACCAUUUCACAGCAGGGGGACUGUUUGCCCAGGGCAUGCCUCUUGCUGGUGCCCCUGGUUUGGACAAAGCGGCUCUGGGGGCCAUGGGUCACAGUAGUGCUGGACUGGCUGAUUACUUUGGAGCCAGCCGUCACCACAGUGGGCUCACCUUCCCUGCUGCACCAGCAUUUCCCUUUAGCUUCCCUGGCCUAUUCCCAUCUGGGCUCUACCAUCGGCCACCUCUCAUCCCUGCUACCACUUCUCCUGUGAGGCAGCCAUCCCAUGUGCCUGUUGCUAGGUCUGGUGCAGAACUCAGCAAGAGUCCACUUUUGUCUCUAAGUCCCGGAACCCAGGAGUCCAGAGAACUCCUUAAGGCUCUCCGUAAUGAUAGUGGCUCGCCUCAUGGAAACCAGAUCCUCGGAUCAGAGAUCCACACACAAAGCUCCUCAUCCUCCAAGAAACAGCAGAACAAGCCAAGUGACCAGUCAGAAAGUAGCGACCUGGAUGAUGUCAGCACACCCAGUGGGAGUGACCUUGAGAGCACAACAUGCUCAGAACUGGAGAGUGACCAGGACAGUGAGAGGGGUGCUGCGUGUGAAAAUGGAAAAGGUCCAAAGAGGAAAUCAAAUGAAGGAGGCCUCCAGAACCCUGGCUUGUCAGGCAGCAGUGCUGUCAAAGACUUUCCUGGCCCUUCGCUUAUUGCUUCCUCGCUGGACGAGCACACAGCUGUUACAGGGGCUGUGAAUGACUCUAUUAAGGCCAUUGCUUCUAUUGCAGAGAAGUACUUUGGCUCCACAGGGUUGGCUGGCCUACAGGACAAGAAGGUCACAUCUCUACCUUACCCUUCAAUGUUCCCACUACCUUUCUUUCCAGCAUUCUCUCCUCCAGUUUACCCUUUCACCGACCGUGAUCUCAGACCUCCAGGCUUGAAGGGUGACCCACAGUCGCCAGCAGAAGACUGCAAGAAGACCCCGGGCAAACCUUCGUCUGACUCCUCUAUUGACCUCACCACCAAGCGAAAAGAGGAGAAGCCUGUCUCACUUGCCACCUCUAAACCAGAGGCUUCCCAUUCCAUCAGUGAAGAUCAGCCUCUAGACCUGAGCAUGGGGACUAGGAGCCGUGGAUGCAAUGCAAGAGAGGAGGAGGCAAAGAAGAAACUAGCAUAUGAAGAGGAGAAGGCAACUGUGGAGAUCCCAAAAGCUGAUAAAUCAUUACAGCAUGCCAGACCCACUCCUUUCUUUAUGGAUCCCAUCUAUAGCAGGGUUGAGAAGAGAAGGAUGAGUGAUCCGUUUGAGACUCUGAAAGACAAGUACAUGCGGCCAGCUCCAGGCUUCCUCUUCCAUCCACAGUUUCGUUUGCCAGAUCAGAGAACUUGGAUGUCGGCCAUCGAGAACAUGGCAGAGAAGCUGGAGACGUUUGGUUCGUUGAAGCCAGAUUCUGGUGACCUGCUGCGCACCGUCCCCUCCAUGUUUGACUUCAGAGCUCCGCCUUCAGCACUUCCUGAAAUGCUGCUGCGCAAGGGUAAAGAGCGCUAUACCUGCAGGUAUUGUGGAAAAAUCUUCCCCCGCUCCGCCAACCUGACUCGCCACCUUAGGACUCACACAGGAGAGCAGCCAUACAGGUGUAAAUACUGUGACCGCUCCUUCAGCAUCUCUUCCAACCUGCAGCGUCACAUUCGCAACAUCCACAACAAAGAGAAGCCCUUCAAGUGCCACUUAUGUGACCGAUGCUUCGGGCAGCAGACCAACCUGGACCGUCACCUCAAGAAGCACGAGAAUGGGAAUGUAUCAGGCACUGCAAUGUCUUCUCCUCAGUCUGAACUGGACAGUGGCAGUGCCAUACUGGAUGACAAAGAAGACUCUUAUUUCAAUGAAAUAAGAAAUUUUAUUGGAAAUACAGGCCACAACCAGGCAUCCCCUGAUCCCUCUGAGGAAGGGUUGAAUGGCGGCCCCUUUGAAGAAGAGAAGCCAUUGAUGGCUAGCCACGGGUCACACAACAUCGAGGACGAGGAAGCAGAGGAGCUUGGCGCUGAUGAAGAAGAUGAGCAGGAGCAAAGUAACAGUCCUAGGAAACUUGACGACGGGGUGCUACCAAGCAACCUCACUGACGACAUUAUCCAGGAAGACAUGGACUUCAGUAUGGCAAAUGACAUGAAACUCAACUGUAAAGCUUCUCUGAGAAGGUAUAAGGAUGAGGAGGAACAGAGUGGCUAUUCAGCUUUGGAUCACAUUCGACACUUUUCAGACAUGCGUAAGCUGGAGGAGAGUGAGCUGAGUGAUGGAGAUGGAGAUGAAGAUGAAGGAUCAUUUGGCUCCGCCUCUCUAACUGAGGCAGUCAAACAGCCACUAUAUAGGAAAUCCAAGUCUCAGGCUUACGCCAUGAUGCUGUCUCUGGCUGAAAAGGACUCUCUCCAUGCAGCCAACCACACCCCAGCCAGCAUGUGGCACAGUCUGGCCCGCGCUGCCGCCGAAUCCAGUGCCAUCCAGUCCCUAAGCCAUGUAUGAUGACACCUGUUUGCACCUGCUCUUUCACCAUUCAGCCCCCACUCCCUGACCUAUGGCACUGGCAGCCCGUUGCGGGGGUCUCACUUCAGGACCUUUGGGCCUCUGACCGUUCACAGAGUGACUGCUGAGCAGAACCACGGCCCAUCUGACUGCUGGGUGGAGCACCAUAUACACACAAAGCGGGUCAGUGUCCAGCUCCACAAUCCACAACAGACAAAGAGAGCC